GAAAUGGAAUAGAGAUAGCAAUGUGAGGAAGAAGCAAGUGAAGGAUGAAGAGCAAGGUGGCAUGGCAACUGUUGAGACGCACUCUCUCUACACCAAAUCCCCCACUCCAUUCAAUUCUUCCCCUUACCCGCAUCCUCCUCCGUUACCAAAUGCUUCCACAAAUACACACACUUCACUCUUUCCUCCUUUCUCUCUCCCCUCAUCAUAUAUCUCUUCCUUCUCAAUACACCAUUGUCAAGCUCCUAGCUUCUCAUGGCUACAUUCAUGACGCCAUUACUCUUUUUCGUUCUACUCGCUCACAUCACCCACCACCCAAACUCUCACUCUACAAUUUUCUUAUACAUAAAUCUUUCAAAUUUAAUUUCCCCAAUUUUAUCUUCUGGUUGUAUCAAGAUAUGAUUUCUGCUUCCGUUUCCCCUGUUACUUAUACCUUUAAUCUUCUCAUUCAUGGGCUGUGUCAUUCCGAUCGUUUGGGAGAUGCCCGCCAACUGUUUGAUGUUAUGCCUCACAAAGGCUGUCAUCCCAAUGAGUUCACUUUUGGGAUUUUGAUUCGUGGUUAUUGCAAAUUUGGACUUUGUUUACAAGGUUUAAAACUUCUGGAUACAAUGAAGAUGAUGAAUGUUUGUCCUAAUGUCAUAAUCUACAAUACUCUCAUAGCAAGUUUCUGCAGGAAAGGCGAUGUUGAUGAGGCUGAGAGGUUGGUUGAGAGGAUGAGGGAGGACGGGCUACUUCCUGAUGUUGUUACCUUCAAUUCUAGGAUCUCAGCUCUUUGCAACUCCGGGAAAAUUCUUGAAGCUUCGAGAAUUUUCAGAGAUAUGCAAAUAGAUGAGGUAUUCGGAUUGCCAAGGCCUAAUGUCGUAACUUUCAAUUUGAUGUUGCAGGGAUUUUGUCAGAAAGGGAUGCUGGAAGAAGCAAGGACACUGACAGAAUCUAUGAAGAAAGAUGAUAUUUUCUUCAAUGUGCAGAGCUACAAUAUCUGGUUAUGUGGACUGGUUAGGAAUGGAAAGCUCUUGGAGGCUCAAACAGUUCUGAAAGAAUUACCCCAAAAUGGAGUAGAUCCCACGAUAUAUUCAUAUAACAUCUUGAUUGAUGGCCUCUGCAAGAAUGGGAUGCUUGGUGAUGCGAAAAUGUUGAUGAGCUUAAUGAUAAAUGAUGGUAUAUUCCCAGAUACAGUUACCUAUAGCACUCUACUCCAUGGCUACUGCACAAAAAGUAAAGUGACUGAGGCAAAGAAUAUUCUGUGCGAGAUGAUGAAGAGAGGAUGCAUUCCAAAUAAAUACACUUGUAAUACUCUACUUCAUAGCAUGUGGAAAGAAGGGAAAGUAUCAGAGGCACAACAGUUACUGCAGAAGAUGAAUGAGAGAGGUUAUGGCCUGGAUACUGUCAGCUGCAACAUCGUGAUUCAUGGUCUUUGCCAAACUGGAGAGGUGGACAAAGCUGUUGAAAUUGUGAGUGAAAUGUGGAGUCAUGGAAGUGUUGCCCUUGGUGAUCUUGGAAAUUCGUUUAUGAGUUUGGUGAACGAAGAUGAUAAUGGGAGGAAAUGUCUGCCUGACUUGAUCACCUAUUCAACCAUUAUUAACAGUUUAUUCAGAGAAGGGAACCUUGAUGAAGCUAAGAAGAAGUUUGUUGAGAUGAUGAGAAAGAAGUUGUACCCUGAUUCAAUUAUUUACAAUACUAUUUUACAUCAUUUGUGUAAAAGAGGAAAGGUAUCAUCUGCAUUUCAAGUUUUAAAGGACAUGGAGACGAAAGAUUGUAAAAAGAGCUUACGGACUUAUAAUUCUUUGAUACUCGGAUUGGGGAAUAAAAAUCAAAUAUUCGAAAUGUGUGGCCUGAUGGAUGAAAUGAGAGAAAAAGGAAUUUCUCCAAAUGUUUACACUUACAAUAUCAUGAUAGGCUGUUUAUGCAAAUCUGGGAGAACUGAAGAAGCGAUUCCUCUUUUGAAUGAAAUGUUACAGAAAGGAAUAAUUCCUAAUAUGCAUACCUUUGAGUUGCUUAUUAAAUCAUAUUGCAGGACUGGUGAGUUCAGACCAGCUCAAGAGGUAUUUGAUAUAGCUUCCAGUAUAUGUGGUCACAGCGAAGCACUCUACGCACUGAUGUUCAAUGAAUUUCUUGCUGGAGGUGAAAUCGUGGAAGCUAAGCAAUUUCUGGAAACUGCAAUAGAUAAACACUUUGAUCUAGGAAGUUUCCUUUACAAAGAUCUUAUAGACAAGCUGUGUAAGGUGGAGAAUUUAGAAGGUGCUCAUGAUAUUCUCAUCAAGAUGAUGCACAUAGGAUAUGGGUUUGAUCCUGCAUCCUUCAUGCCAGUUAUUGAUGGCUUAAAUAAAUUGGGACAAAAGCAUGUGGCAGAUGAACUAACGGAGAGGAUGCUAGAGAUGGUUUCAGAAAGUAAGGUGGAUAACAAAGCUUAUCAAAACUAUAGGGAGUUAAAUCACAUGAAGCGAAGUAAAUAUGGCAGAGAUGGUUGGCAGGCAAUUGUUCACAGAGAUGAUGGAAGUGCAGCAGCCUUGAAAAAUUUGAAGCGGGUGCAGAAAGGGUGGGGUCAAGGAAGUAUAUAGUCUCUUCAAACUCCCAAAUAUGGUAUUCUGGAUGACUAAGAAACUAUUAAUUGGAUGUUUCUUUCUUUGCGAUCGUGGAUUGUGAGUUCAGGGAAUUGGUAGCAAAAUAUGAUCCUCUUGAAAGCUAAACAAUGCUUCCAGUUAAAGGAAGCUUAUCUAGUUUCUAGACAUAAAUGAUUAUUGGGGCUGACAUUGAUACAAGCAAAUGGAGAUCUGUGCCAAUACAGGACAAUGAAUCACUGUUUGCAGUUUAUAAAGCUGAAGGAACUGCAGUAGCUGAAACCCCCAAAUUGGGUCUAGAAGUCUGAGCCCACAUUAAUUGUGGAAUAUUGCUCUCUUGAUGACUGGAUCACGUGCUUGUGCUAAUCCAUUGUAAGUUUUAUAUUACUGCUUCCAUAGUUACCAAUAUGAAACACGUCUCUCAAUUUUCACUGUUUGAAGACUAUUUUUGAAGAAAAAAGAAUGAUCAGGUGAUGGUUUUAUGUCUCGGCUGUCUCCUCUAUAAUUCCUUCCCC